UAGUAUUCCUUCCUUGUUUGUUUCCUCAGUUUUCUCUUCUUAGGCAAAGAAUACAUUCCCAUCCCUCUCCCUCUCCCUCUCUCUCUCCUCUCUUCCUACCCGUGACUCUCAAUCCAUCUUCUUCUCCCUCUUCAGUUGUGCUCUAAUGGGAUUUAGCCACAAUCACUGACAAUGUCAAACCCUUCUCCCAAAUCUUCAACCUUUACCUUCUUCUUCACUUACUUCGCCUUCUGUUCCGCCAUUUUUACCGGCGCCGCCACUGAAUUCGACUUCGGCACCUUGACUUUGAGCAGUUUGAAGCUUUUGGGAGAUGCCCAUUUGAACAAUGGCAGUGUUCGACUCACACGUGACCUUCCGGUCCCCAACUCUGGCUCCGGCAGAGCGCUUUACACCAAACCGAUCAGAUUCCGGCAGAUCGGAACUCACUUACCGACAAGCUUCUCCACAUUCUUCACUUUCUCAGUCAUGAAUCUCAACCCUUCUUCGAUCGGUGGCGGACUUGCUUUCAUCAUCUCACCAGACGACGAGGCAGUCGGAGACGCUGGCGGGUCGCUGGGUCUCAUGAUUUCAGAAGGUCCGAGUUCCGGGUCGGGUUUUCUGGCGGUUGAAUUCGAUACUCUUAUGGACGUGGAGUAUAAGGACAUAAAUGGCAACCACGUGGGGUUUGAUCUGAACAGUAUGGUUUCUUCUCAAGUCGCGGAUUUAGGAGCUGUUGAUAUCGAUCUCAAAAGCGGUGACCUUGUGAAUACUUGGAUCGAAUACGACGGGCCAACUCGAGUCUUCAAUAUAUCGGUUUCGUAUUCGAAUCUCAAGCCGAAAGAACCCCUUUUGUCCUUUUCGCUUGAUCUCGAUCAGUUAGUGAACGAUUUUAUGUACGUGGGGUUCUCUGGUUCGACUCAGGGGAGCACUGAGGUUCAUAGUAUUGACUGGUGGAGCUUCUCCUCUUCUUUCGAUUCAUCUUCUUCUUCUUCUCCGCCACCUCCUCCUCCAACGGCUACUUUGAUGAAUCCAACGGCAAACACAGUGAGAUCAUCACCACCUCCAUCAAUGGCACCUUCUAAUUCAGAGUCCAGUGCAUCCACGGAGAAGAACACAAAGUCUUCAUCAUGCCACAACCAACUCUGCAAACAAGGUCCCGGAGCUGUAGCCGGAGUUGUCACAGCUAGCGCUUUCGUACUAGCCUUAUUUGCCGGAGUUCUCAUCUGGGUUUACUCCAAAAAGACAAAACAACUCAAGAAAUCUUCGGAUUCUUCAUUCGCAUCAGAAAUCAUCAGAAUGCCAAAGGAAUUCACAUACAAACAGCUCAAAGCCGCCACCAAGUGCUUCAACGCUAACAGAAUCAUCGGCCAUGGCGCUUUCGGGACUGUUUACAAAGGGAUAUUGCCAGACACCGGCGACAUUAUCGCUGUCAAGAGAUGCAGCCAUAGUGGUCAAGGAAAGGAAGAGUUUUUAUCAGAGUUAUCCAUAAUUGGAACACUCCGCCACCGCAAUCUCGUCAGACUCCAAGGUUGGUGCCACGAAAAAGGCGAAAUUCUCUUAGUCUACGAUUUAAUGCCCAACGGAAGCCUCGACAAGGCACUAUUCGAAGCUAGGACUUCUCUCCCAUGGCCUCACCGGAAAAAAAUCCUACUCGGCGUGGCCUCAGCUCUCGCUUAUCUCCACCAAGAGUGCGAAAACCAAGUCAUCCACAGAGAUAUAAAGUCGAGCAACAUCAUGCUAGACGAAGGGUUCAAUGCCCGAUUAGGCGAUUUCGGUCUAGCUCGGCAGAUAGAGCACGAUAAAUCACCGGACGCCACAGUCGCGGCGGGAACAAUGGGGUACUUGGCGCCGGAGUAUCUUGUCACCGGUAGAGCUAGCGAAAAAACCGACGUGUUCAGCUACGGCGCGGUGGUUCUCGAAGUGGCUAGCGGGAGAAGACCCAUUGAGAGAGAGGUCACUGGGGUCGGAAAAUUUGGGGUGGCGAGCAAUUUGGUGGAGUGGGUGUGGAGUUUGCAUAGGGAAGGGAAGCUGCUAACGGCGGCGGACGAUAGACUCGAGGGUGAGUAUGAAGAGGCGGAGGUGAGAAGGGUUUUGCUUGUUGGGCUUGUGUGUUCGCACCCGGACCCGUUGGCCCGGCCCACUAUGAGGGCGGUUGUCCAAAUGCUGGUGGGUGAGGCGGAGGUGCCGGUGGUUCCGAGAGCUAAGCCUUCCACCACUUUCAGUACUUCUCAUCUUUUGCUCAGUUUGCAAGACAGUGUUUCGGACUGUAAUGAUGGUAUGAUGAUCACUCUCUCCACUUCGUCGUCCGAGAAGAGCUUUGACGGUGCUGAUGACGUCUAGGGUUGAUCCAACGGUCGAUUGGGGUUUGGGAUGAUGGGAUUUUGUUUAAUUCAAAAAAAAAAUUAAAAACUCAUAUUGUAUUUAUUAUUUCGAUAUUGAAUUAAUUUUUGUACGUAAAACACAAUAAUUCACAUGCAAUGUAAGAAAAUUUUAGAGGUCUUAGAUUAAGGUGAGUUUUGCUUUAUUGUUUUAAAUUUUAUGUUUCAGUUGUAUACCAUCAAUAUUAAUUUCUUCUUGGGUAA